AUGGCGAGCCGUUAUGAGAAGCAGGAAAAGAUCGGUGAGGGCACCUACGGAGUAGUGUACAAGGCUCGCGACACUGUCACCAACGCCAUCGUCGCACUCAAACGCAUCCGGCUAGAUACCGAAGAGGAAGGCGUCCCCUGUUCGGCCAUUCGCGAGAUAUCGCUAUUAAAAGAGCUCCGUCACGACAAUAUUGUCAAGCUGCUUGACGUAUGCCAUAGCGAGCGCCGGCUGACGUUAGUGUUCGAGCACCAAGACAUGGACCUGAAGAAGUAUCUGGAUCAUAACGGUGGGAAUCUGGACGCUGCCACGGUGCAGCACUUUAUGCAGGACCUCCUUAAAGGUGUACGGUUUUGCCACCAGAGGAGCGUCCUGCAUCGGGACUUGAAGCCGCAAAAUCUACUCAUUUCGCGUGAGAAGGAGCUCAAGUUGGGCGACUUCGGCCUUGGGCGUGCGUUUGGGAUCCCCGUGAAGAAGUUCACCCAUGAAGUGGUGACGCUGUGGUACCGCUCGCCGGAUGUGCUGCUUGGCUCGACGCAGUACGGGACACCCGUGGAUAUCUGGUCUGUAGGCUGCAUCCUCGCAGAGAUGGCAACGGGUACACCACUUUUCGCCGGCCGUAACGACGCCGAUCAGCUGUUGCUGAUUUUCAAGUUUUUGGGUACCCCGAACAGCAAGACUUGGCCAUCGCUUAACCAGUAUCCUAACUCCACCAAUAUGCUGUCGAAGCCCGAGUUUCUUCAGAAUAUGGUGGCUGAGUGCGAUACGGUGCUUCGGACCUCACUGGGUUACGAGAAGCUCGGUCCGGAGGGAAUUGAUUUACUGAAAGGAUUGCUACGAUAUGAGCCGUCGGAGCGGUUAACGGCUGAAGAGGCUCUCAACCACCCAUACUUUCGUGUUGAAUUCUAA